AUGCGUUCUACUGGGACCCUUACAGCAUAUGCUGGCUUGCUCGCACUGGCUGCUCAAGCACACAUAAUCUUGGAGACGCCAACGCCCUUCAAGUUUGCCGAAUAUGGUCCGUCGAACCCUUUGUCGCCAGAUGGCCGCGAUUGGCCAUGCAAGAUUCCUCCGGGCACCACAAAGCUUGAGAUUGACGGCUCGCCAACUCCGAUGGUAAUCGGUGAGCCUCAGACUCUGUCUUUCACAGGCCACGCUGUCCAUGGUGGUGGAAGCUGCCAGAUUUCCCUGACUCCUGGGUUUGAGCCGAACAAGAAGUCCAAGUUUGCCGUCAUUCACACCAUCGAGGGUGGUUGUCCUGCAAUUAACCGCAAGGGCAAUCUUGACGAUGGCGAGAACCCGAACAUCUACAAUUACACGAUUCCUGAUGGCAUCACACCUGGUGAUUACACUCUGGCAUGGACCUGGUUGAAUCGCAUCGGCGGCCAACCUGAAAUGUACAUGAACUGCGCCCCCGUUUCAGUUUCUUCUUCUUCGAAAGCUCGACAGCGCAGGGAGAAGCAGGUCGAGAAACGCAAGCAAUUUCCGGGCGUCUUCAUGGCAAACAUUGGCGAAGCGAGUGGUGGGUGUCUGACGACCGAAGCGUUGAAAGCGCAGCAAGCCAUCGCGUUUCCGCAUCCCGGCGACUCUGUGGAUCAUCCUGAAGGGACCGACAACCUGAUUCGUCAGCCCUGUGAUGGAAACCCAGACAACAAUGGUGUACCGGCAGAUGAACCUGCGAUUGCCUCUUCCUCGAGCUCCAGCACUGCGACUGGAACUAAGACUGAGACACAACCGUCGACUUUGUCUUCAACUAAAGAGCAGGUGUCGACUUUAUCCACGACCAAGGCUCAACUCUCGACCUUGGUCACGUCUCUGGCGUCGGAAGCCACAGCGCCUGUGCCACAUACUAGCCCGGCACCGCCUGUCGCAUCAGCAGUUCCCACUGGACUGUGUACAAAUGGGGAGUUCCUUUGCCUGGUCACUCAGUUUUCUAUCUGUACCGGUGGGAAAUGGAAAGCACCUCAACCCUUAGCUGCUGAUACUCAUUGCACUGGUGGAUCUGGUGUUGGGUUGAACGUGGUUAACUCAGCCUAA